GUGUGCUCAGCGGUUCACCAAAAUCGAUGAUUUGUUGGAGGUUCUUCACGUGUGCCGAAAACUUGAUUCCUGGGAGUUGGCGCUGAAAUUUUGGAGCAGGUUUCAGCGUGAGUUGCCUCAUGCAUCCACAACGAAUGUUUGCAUCGCGGCAUGUGGCGAAAAUGAAGCUUGGAGCUAUUCUGUGCUGGUCUUCGAUGGUAUGAUGUCAACCGGCGUGCAGCCGGACAUUAGUUCGCACAACGCAAUCGCGAAUGUUUGCAGCAGGAUAGUGGAGGUGGGGUGGCAGCGUGCCCUCCACAUCCUGAAGGAGGGCCAGUCUAACCUCUUGGACUUGGACUGUGUCAGCUUGAACACCUUGGCAGGUAUGCUGGACUGGAGUUCUUCAAUCGCUUGUGUAUCCCGAAUGCGCCACCUUGGCCUUGUGCCGGAUGCGGUUUCUUGGACUUCUGCGACAGCUGCAGCUGCUCGCAGCAGGGGGUGGCGCCGGGCGACCACCAUCGCCAGAGCUGGGUCCGAACAAAUCGAGGCCAAAACCGGUCCUUCUCCUUACGCUGCUGCAUCAAUUUCGGGAUUUGCCCGGAAUGGGCGCUGGGAGGAUGCGGUGCUGGUUGCGGACGAGAUUUGUCGUGAAGGUGACGGAGUGAGCGAUGCCGUGGUGAAUGGUGCCAUAAGCGCGUGUGCUGACGGGCGCCGCUGGAAUGUUGCACUGGCCCUGGCUGCCAAUUCAGCAAAUCGAAAACUUCAACCAUCGCUCAUAACUGUCAACACCGUGUUGAGUUCUUGCGGUGGUUCGUCCGUGUGGGACGGCGCCGUAGGAUGGUUACACAAUGCCCGAUGUACGGCCACCUUCAAUAGUUGGGAUGUUUUCACAUACAGUGCGUGGAUCUCAAGCUGUGCCGCGGCUGCUCUUUGGCAGGCGGCACUUCGCGCCUUGGCCCUUGCUCGCCAUGCCGCUGCCGUCUCAGUUGCCAGCCAGACAGCCGGGCUGUCUGCUUUCGGGUGUGCCCGGCAGUGGAGACGCAUGCUGGGCCUUCUUGCAGCGAGCGGGAUGCAGCCGGCUGCUGCUGGUAGCCUGGCUCCAGAAUGCGUGAAUGCUGCCCUUCAAGGCUGCUUCGACAGCCGGAGGUGGCCUGUGUCUCUAGACCUACUCACAGCUGCACAGAUGCUGCGUGUCGACAUCGAUCAGACGGGCUCAGCCUGUUUGAUCCGUACUUGUGGAGCGGCUUUGCUGUGGGUUGUGGCGAUGGACUUGCUGGACGCUUUGUGGCAUGUUUAUGCCUCCUUCGGUCCAUCUGUCUUGUUUACAGCCAAAGCCCUUGCAGAAACUCGUUUGUCCCCGGCCGUCGAAACAGCAAGCAACUAG